AUGGGGGUUGUUUCUUUGAUAAUUAGCAUUGCUGCAUUUCUUACUAUUGUUAUAAUUCUGGGCCAGUAUAACCAACAUGCCAGCCCAUCUCUGCCUUUCGGCAUUACCCUCGACACAGUCAUUGUGUUUUUGACGGCUAUUACUCAAUUAUGCUUUCUCUAUCCUGUUGUUCAAGGUCUGUCCCAAAUACGAUGGGACUUUUUCAAUUAUGGAGAUCAGCCAUUGCAUGAUUUCAAAAAGUUUGAUGACCGUCAAGGGGCAUGGGGAAGCAUUUUACUUAGGUUCAGUACGAAAGGAAGACUUUCAGCUCUAUUAGCCGCCGUUCUCUUGAUAAUAUCUGCUGUGGUAUCAACGCUCACGCAGGCGGUACUCAAUCAGAGUACGAGAUAUGUCCCUGGUUCAGGAAGUACCUCUGUCCUUAGGGCAAUAGAUGAUUCAGGUAUCAAUUUUCAUAAUGUCAAUGACGCGAUGACUAUGAUGAUGAACGCGAUGACCACUCGUGCUAAUGAUACAUAUGAUUUCGAUGCACCCUCAUGCCCCACGGGAAACUGCAAAUAUCCAUCAUUUGGCUCCCUUGCGGUAUGUGCGAAAAGCCACGAUGUCUCAGACAAGCUUUACACCAUGGUUAGUCCACAGCAAUGGUGCUACCAACAGCACGAGGAUAAAUGGAACGGAAGAACAUGGGGUCCCAACAUCUGCAGCAAUUAUUCAUACGUAGCUCUCUCGCCUGAUAUCUAUUUGGACUACUUUGGUGCUGGAUAUGUUGCUAAUAUCACGAACAUGCGAGUACAAAACGGAACAUGGAAUCAAGUAUCCUCAUUUGAUUACGAAUCCUUCGCACAAAAUGGCCUUAAUUCAAUCUAUACCAUUUAUUUAGGCUCUCCGAAGACCACCUGGAACACUUAUUUGGGUGGUUUGCCGGACACAGAUAAAUAUCUACAGCAUACACGGGCUGUUGAAACUUUAUUCUAUGUCUGCGCUCAAGAGUUCUCUGUCUCAACAAUCGAUGGCACGACGGUCACGAACGUGACAGAGACUCUGGAUUAUGUCACAGACACACAGCUUUUUGAAUACACAACAGAUAAUUAUCACUAUACACCAGAGCAUAACCGUACAUUUGUGUUGAAUGGUCACAACUACAGCUAUUAUUUGCUUAGUGACUUGAUGAGCGAGCUCUUAGAUAGCUUUUUGACGGGAAAAUACAACAACCAAACAACUGUUGGCAUGCUACUCAUGACCCCUUUUAGCCUCGCCAUCGGAAAUGCCAUCUAUCAUAACUCUGACAUUGACGGAGGCACGUCUGUGGAGAGGGGCUCCCAAAUGCAGCAAGCUCUUGAGGCUGUUAUGAACAAUACAGCGAAAGGAAUAACAAAUUGGUCAGUUUUAUUAUCCAAAAUUGACUUCAAAGACUUUCCGACUAAUCGUGCUGAUAAUAUCCCAGGCUUCGGACUACAGGGACCUCUGUAG